AUGUCUGCACACUUGGUAUCUCACUCAGCAAGCUACUCUAGAUGCUGGAACCUUUGCCAAGUACAUGACUGCUCUCAAAGAAGCUUGGCUCAAAAGCCACUGGGACAACAAGCUUUGAAGGAAGCCCACCUAUCCAAUGAACAACUGCAUAUCCAGCUUGAAGCCAACAUCUGUGAUGAGCUCACCAUUCCUGUCCUCAGAGUGAAACUUGCUGAGGAUCUGACACUCAAGAAAUGGAUCAAAGAAGUCAAACAUCUCAAUGACAAGCAUCUUGAGGACCUUGCCAGCCACAGAAAGAUGGCUGAGGACCUUUACAAGUCCUUGAGGCAUGCAACUUCUUCCAACAAAAUGUCAGCCCCAAGGACAUACACCCCAUCCUCUUCAUGUCUAGGAACCCUAUCAGAGGCUGAACACACCUUGCUGAUGAAACACAAAGGGUGUUUCAAAUGCCAGAAGUUCUACAUCUCACACCAGUCAAAAGAGUGUACAGACAGCGUGCCUGAAGCAUCUUCAUACAAGACACUAAUGGAAUCUGAUGCUAUAGCAGCCAAGCCAAAGGGUAAGACCAUGGCUGCUGUUGGGACCAUUGGAGCCAUGAUGCCAUCAUCAGUACUUAAUGAUAGAUCAAGCUCAGAGGAUGACAUGUCACAUCUAGUUCUGAUUGAUGAAAGCAUCGUCAACAAGCUGGGACUGUGUAGACACAGACUGCAUGCAAAGAUAGAAGCAAAUUCGGCUUUCUUGGACAAUUAUCAUGAAAAUCAGACCUGUAUUGCCAAAGACACAAACUAUGAUCUUUUAAACCCUCCUCAAUACAUGCCUCAAACAAAGGAUGUCAUCACUGAGCUCAAGACUGUCCUGAACGACUGUCACAAGAACCUUGAGGAAGAUAUGGUCACUGAAGUGCCUAAUGUGGUGACAUUGUUGCAUCAUCGAAUAGACAUCCUUGCCUUCAUCAAGACAAACAAAGAGCACCUUGAACGUCUUGAUAAAGAGAUGUGA